CGCGCACGGAGGGGGGUGGUGCAAUUAACGGGCUCGCACCUCCACCCGGCCUUGCCGCGAUCCGUCGCAAUUCUUUGAUUCCCUUGGGCGGAAUUUUUCAUUUUUUUUUCCUUCCAUGUGCGUGGAUCUCGGGGCGCGGGGCUAGGGUUUAUGGCUUUGGUCAAUCCAUGGCGUGCGGUGCCGAGGUCGCCCUGUCGCUUCUUCUUUAAUGCGCGUUGAUCCCCAUGGACGCCGAGUCCCGGGACGCGUAUGGAUUCGCGGUUCGGCCGCAGCAUUUGCAGCGUUUCCGCGAGUAUGCCAAGAUUUACAAGGAGGAAGAAGAGGAGAGAGCGGACAGAUGGAAGGACUUCUUGGACAGGUUGGCUGAAUCUGCAGAUGACAUCGCAACUAGCAUUUCACCUUCCAAUGAGGAUGCUCUUCAGGGAAAUAUCAAUGGAGGACACCUUGAUGGAGCUGAAAACAUAGAGAAUAGCAAUAGGAGUGGAAUAGAAUGCAACAAUGAAGAAGAGGAUGCAGAAAAGAGCGAUAAACCGGAAAAUUUGAAGGAAGUUGAUGACAUCAAUCAAUCCCAAGAAGCAAAUGGUGAGGCAGACAAUUUUAAUGAUGUAUCUGCCCACUCAGGAAAACUGAAAGAGGAGAGUUCUGCUAACUCCAUAGAAUCAAGCAGUGCCUCAGAAGAACUGAAGGAGGCCAGUGGGCAUUUACAAGAACUAUUAAAUGAGGACGGGGAUUCUGAAGGAUUCAAAGAUUCUCACGGAGCAUCGGAAGGUUUAGGUCAAGCAAGGAGCGAUAACUUAGAAAAGUUAGAAGAGCUCUGUUUGGAUAAGGGGUUGUUGGAUGAACUGAAGCCCAUAAGAGUUGAGUCUGAGAAGCGGGUGCGGGCAUCAAUCAGCAUAAUUGAGAAAAUGAUGAGCUCUCGAGUAGUGAAGAAAAGUAAUACUGCAAAUGGCAUGUGUGGCAAGGAUGAAACACAGCUUGAGUCAAUUGAAGAGGAGGAAAAGACAGCAGAUAAGAGUUGUAAAGGGGAUCCGGCAGAGGAAUCUUCUGAUCCAGAUAAGGUGGAGCAGGCACAGGACAAGGAAUCAGGUGAUUCUACAAGUGCUGCUCUGGAGGGAGCCAUUGACAAGUCUUAUUUUCCUUGGAGGGAGGAGCUCGAGAGCUUGGUUCGUGGAGGUGUGCCAAUGGCUCUAAGAGGAGAGAUGUGGCAAGCAUUUGUGGGCGUUGGUGCUCGUAAAAUUACUGGGUACUACAACAAAUUACUAGAUGAAGGUACUGAGGAAUUGGAUGAAAAGAACCUUGAGGAUCAAGUAUUGAAAGAACAAACAAGUGCACAGAAAAAGCUCCCGCAGCCAGAGAAGUGGAAGGGACAGAUAGAGAAGGAUUUGCCUCGGACAUUUCCAGGACACCCUGCACUAGACGAGGAUGGGAGAAAUGCAUUGAGGCGGUUAUUAACAGCAUAUGCAAGGCACAAUCCAUCAGUUGGAUACUGCCAGGCCAUGAACUUUUUUGCUGGCCUAUUUUUGUUGUUCAUGCCUGAAGAACAUGCAUUCUGGGCUCUGGUGGGGGUUAUUGAUGAGUAUUUUGAUGGUUAUUACACUGAGGAAAUGAUUGAAUCUCAGGUUGACCAGCUUGUUCUUGAGGAAGUUGUACGAGAAAGAUUCCCAAAACUGGCAAAGCAUAUGGAUUUUCUGGGAGUUCAGGUGGCAUGGGUGACUGGACCAUGGUUUCUUUCAAUUUUCAUCAAUAUGCUUCCAUGGGAAAGUGUUCUCCGUGUUUGGGAUGUGAUCCUUUUCGAAGGAAAUCGAACAAUGUUGUUCCGGACAACGCUUGCUUUGCUUGACUUAUAUGGGCCAGCCCUGGUGACUACAAAAGAUGCUGGAGAUGCAAUAACAUUAUUGCAGUCUCUUGCUGGCUCUACUUUUGAUAGCAGUCAACUUGUGCUGACAGCUUGUAUGGGUUUUCAGUCAGUCAGGGAAAUUGGGCUGCAGGAUUUGAGGAAAAAACACAGGCCUGAUAUUAUAUCUGCUAUGGAGGAAAGAUCAAAAGAUCGCCAUUCUUGGAAAGAUAAGAAGGGUUUGGCAACUAAACUUUACAGCUUUAAGCAUGACCCAUCAUCUCUAUGCCCACAAGUUAAUUCCAAAGAAGGGCCAGAUGGUUUGCAAGUGAAUGGGGAAAUACAAUAUUUAGAUUCUGACUCAGCAAAUGUAGAAACCUACCUUACUAGUUCAGCUCUAGAUAAUGAAUUGGACCAGGGCCUUGAUCUUGAAGAUCAGGUAACGUGGUUAAAAGUUGAGCUGUGCAAACUGCUUGAGGAGAAAAGAUCAGCUGAACUCAGAGGCGAGGAGUUGGAAACUGCUUUGAUGGAAAUGGUCAAACAGGACAACAGACGUAUGUUGAGUGCUAAGGUUGAGAAAUUGGAGGCAGAAGUAUCUGAGUUGCGGAAGUCUUUUGCAGACAAGCAAGAGCAAGAGCAAGCAAUGCUCCAGAUUUUGAUAAGAAUGGAGCAGGAACAGAAAGUGGCAGAAGAUGCCCGGAUAUCAGCUGAGAGAGAUGCCGCUGAUAAAAAAUAUGCUGCUCACCUGCUCCAGGAGAAGUAUGACGCAGCAAUGGCAGCACUUCAGCAAAUGGAGAAGAGAGCUGUAAUGGCCGAAACUAUGUUGGAGGCUACAAAGCAGUACCAGGCAGGGCAAUUUAAGGCCAGCCAGUCUUUCAGUCCACCUCAUGCUGCUCAGCAGCCUGGGAAACCAAAUCAAGAUCCUAAUCAGGAUGCACCUAACAGGAGAUUGGGCUUGCUUUCUAGGGGACUUGGUUGGCUAGAGAAGAGCAAGGGAAAGUCUAGUUCCACUGAAACAUCUGAAGGCUAAACUCUUUCUGCUAAGGAUUUGAUUACCUGAUCACCAGAAAAAUACUUCCAUGCAAGCAUCGAUGUUUUGCCCGCAGGAAGAUUCAACAUGAAUUUCCCAUGAAAGUUUGCUGAAAUUGUCAUCUGUAUCAUAUUGAGUUCAGUCGGCGGGUGCAACUUCCUCGGUAGGUUCGUAUUGUUGUAAUGCAUCCAUGUAAAUUUUAUUUUUCAGUUAGUUUCAUUAAGAUUGUCAAUAUUUAGAGUUUCAGAUAGGAGAAAGAAAAGGCACACUACCCAUACACAUUAGCUUAGUUUGCGACAAUGUCGUGGUUUUUAUACUGGUGAAGAGCUGUUUUUACCUCUUCGGGAAGAGUUGGGCAGGAGCACAGCAAAGAAAAAAGUUUUUUUUUAAUCAGUGAAUUGUUUUGACACGAGUGGCUUUUAGCAUAUUCAUUUCAUAUGUUGU